AUGGAGAAUGGCCAAUUGAAAGAAACAUUAGUUAGAAUGUUUAAGGAUAUCUUAAGAGAAGUUAAGGAAGAAAAGGCAAAGGCUACUUACUUUGGUGUCGCCAAAGAAAAAGAAUAUUUCUUACAAGUUUUGGAAGCUAAACCCGAACGAUUAACCCGAGAGCCGCCAAAGGGAGUAAAUAAUGUGACCCUUGAAGAUAGAUGCGAAAUAUGGAUGGAGAAAGGAGUCCAGGAAGUCUAUGUAGCCACGGUGGUUGAGGAGCUAGAAGGAAAGAAGUCUAAUGAUUCAGAUUUGAGUCAUAAUAACGGUAAAGCGG